CGGAGAACCCCUUGGGCCCCUCCAACGGUCACUAUCAAGACAAGUGGAAGAAUCCUGUCCUAAGCGCUCGUCCCAUGAUAAUACAGACUUUACAUUAGAGCCAAUUAAAAGCGUCAGGCUGAAGAAACUUGAAGCUGAAUCUACACAAGCGGCGAAACAAGUCGCAGCAUUCAAAAGCCUGGUAAAAAACAGAGUAUAUGCGCCAGUAUAAAUAUAUCGAUUCUUGUCAGUUUAACAGGAAGCUGCAGGGUUGAUCUGUUAUCUUGGAGAAGAAUGGAAGAAACCCGGAGGCUGUUGGAGCGUCUGGUCGACGACGGUCUAAUAAAUAUCCUCCACUUUCUUGAUGAGCCCGGUGACCUUGUUCGCUUCGCAGCUGCCUCAAAAACCUGCCAAAAACGUGUGGUUGAAGGUAGAUGCGUUAAAGAUUUGUGCAUCAGAAUUUCUCCAGAAGUUUCCAUGUUUAGUUCUGUGGAAGAACAUAAAAUUAACAUUAAUGAAGGUGUAAGUUCCCAUAAAGAUUUAAAAUGGGAGAAUUUGGAGAGAGAACAUAAAGUUUAUACCAUGCUAGCCCGUGAGCUAAUGGGAUCUCCUGCAAGGAGGAGUUGCAUUUGCAAGCCAAUUCAGGUUUCCAGUACCGACAAUUACCCAGAUGAAAGUGUCAUCAAUACCCUGGAUCCAAGGCAUAUAAAGGAUAAUGGUAUGCCGUGUUAUUGGUCAAGUAAAGGAGAAAGCAAUGUAGAGGUUCCUGAGACAUUGACUUAUGCAUUGCACACAAAGUUGUGUGUUGUGCAUGAAGUUAAAAUACGUCCAUUCAAAGCUUACUUUCAGAGGGGGUAUCCUAUAUAUUCAUCGAAUGCAGUUCGUUUUCGGUUUGGUUACUGUCGAAGCAACAUUGAGGACGUGGACAUGUUCAAGUCAAAUAAUAAGUUUGAUUAUGUUUGGAUGUAUGUCUCGCCAGAGUACACUAUGCAGCAGGCAGAUAUAUUACAAAGCUUCAAGCUUCCAAGACCAGUCUUGUGCAUUGGAGGCAUCUUGCAGGUUGAAUUGCUGGGUAGAGUUCAGACACAAGAAACAGAUAAAUUGUAUUAUAUAUGUGUGUGUCAUGUGCAUGUGGUUGGAAGACCUCUUACCUUCUUGGAUUUUGAAGCUUUAGUUCAGCCAGAACAGUUUACCCUGAAGCACUCUGAGACUCAAAAGUGUCUUUGUAUCGCAUCAGAAGAUACUUUUGCAGAAGAAUAUUAUUUCUUUGAUUCUGAAGACGAUGUAAUUGAUGAUGAAGAAGAUGAUCACUUGGAUCCUGAAGACCAUGUAAUUGGUGCAGAAGAAGAUGAUCACUUGGAUCCCGAAGACCAUGUAAUUGGUCCAGAUGAAGAUGAUCACUUGGAUUCCGAAGAUGAUGUAAUUGGUGCAGAAGAAGAUGAUCACUUGGAUUCCGAAGAUGAUGUAAUUGGUGCAGAAGAAGAUGAUCAUUAUGUUCUCUUUUAAAUAUUCCCACUGCAAUUCUCUUUGUUAUUUCCCGCAGAGAGGAUUUGUAUGUGCUUAUCUUUAUCCUGCUGGGAGAAAAUGAGUAAAAUCUGAUAGUGCACAUACCACCUAUGUACAUAUGUUUGGUUAGCACUUUCUGUUGUAGCCAGGUUAAAUUAGUAAUUGGAAGAGGUGUACGUUUAAAAACUGAUAAUCAUCAAUCUGUAGCAUGGAACAGAAAGAGCUCUACAUUGUCUAAGUGGAAAAAACCAUGGGCAAAAAGAUAUUGUAGAGAUCUUUUGGUAAUUCGGUCAGCAUUCUGAAUGGGAGCUUGUUAAGAGUCA